AUGUCUUCCCAAUCCUCAACCACCUCCUCCCAACAAUACUACCAAGAUACCUACCAACCAUCCUACUACUCCAACGACAGCACCUCAUACAUCACCCAAAAAGAAUCCGACAUGAGCGGUGGAUCAUGGCAAAUGCCCUACAGCAUCGACGACGCGGAUUUAAUGUUCGACGGCAAGCCUUUGAAUAUGUUAUACGAGGAAAACCGCAUGAGCGCUGAGCGCCGCGAGGAAAAACAAAAAUGCGGAAGAGGACGAAGCAGACAAUCCAAGAAGUGA